AGGCCAAAUCUUCUGUCUGAAAAAUAAUGAAAUUCGUUGUAUGACGAGUUUCCUAUGAAAGUCAUCGUGCUGUUGGUCAUCAGUUCGGCAUAGACUGAAGAAAAUGGACGCUAAUUAUUCCGAGAUGAAGUCUGAAGGGCAGUUUCCGAAGUUGAACAUUGUUCUGCAUCCGAUUCCAUCCGAAGAAGAGCAGUUCCUUGAACGGCUGCGAGAGUCUUCAGAUCUGCCGGGAUCGAGGAAUUCAUCGGGUAUCACUGGUUUAAACCUCACACUGGAAUGCGAAGAGAUCGAAGACAUCGUCGUUGGUCCCGGUCACAUUGCUUUAUUGCUGAAAGAUGGAACUAUUGCAAGGAUGAGGUAUUCAGUGAACGUGGAUAAAGUGGAACUGAUCAAGAGCGACUCGCUGAAGAGUGAUACGCCAAAAGGAACUAUAACCUCCACCUCGCUCACCGCCGCGGCUCCGCGCGCUGGCAGCGGCCCCUCACGGAGUAGGAGCACGGCUAGAAUAGGAACCGGAAGGCAUACAGCCGCAGCAGGAGCCUUGGGCACCCUAAGCAGCUCAAGCGCUGCUGGACGAGUUGCUGGACGAUCUGGUUUGAGCCGGGGACCAAUCGUGCCUGCGCUGUUCGUGCCUGAAGAGCUUGUGUCUCAAGCUCAAACGGUGCUCCAGGGAAAAUCCAGGAACGUCAUCGUUCGGGAGUUGCAGCGGACGAACCUGGAUGUGAACUUGGCCGUGAACAAUCUACUAUCGCGUGAUGACGAAGAAAAUGACGGAGACAACGAGGUAGACAGCUAUGUGCCAGACGACUUGAUUUCACUCCUAGACGCCGGUUUGUCCGCUUCUGAGCAUCCCUCUGUCAUAAUCAACGCUGAGGGCUUGUUUUCUGAAGAUGUCCUCGGUUAUUCCCCUCGGCGGUCAUUCGGACGCAGUGCAGCUCGUGAUAGAGACUACAGAAGCACCGCUCCUGCUGAACGAGAUGCGAACUGUGGGGAAGAGGUUGCUGCUGGUGCGGGCGGUAGUGGAGCUGCUGGAGGAGCGGCAUCGAGCUCCACAUCGGAUCGAGAAAACCGUGACACGAUGUUCCGUGGUUGGAGGGAGCGAGCUUAUGGAAGUCAGGGCACCAGUACACAGAGUGGGCGCGAUUUGACCAAGGCCCGAUGGUUGGAAUCGGCACUGAGAGAAUCGUUGAAUCCGGACAAGGACAUUGUACGAGUGAAGAAGAAAGAAAUCUUGAACACGCAAGCGUGUCUCCAAGUUGGGCUCUUGGAGUAUUGGCCAGAAGAGGAUAUUGAGAAAGGAGAAAAGUUUGUGAAAAUUGCUGCCUUAUAUUCGGAACUAAUUGCUGUAACGGAUAAAGGCAAAAUUUGUCAAUGGCGAUGGGCGUCUUCGAAACCUUACCGUUGCAGUGAAGAUAGAAAAGUUCGACAUCCCAAGGCUCGUUCACUGAAUUUGGUCGGUGAAAAAGUUACAAUGAUCUCAGCCUCGCUCGUUCGGUGCUCCGUCGUAACUGAAACAUCCAAGAUUGCCACAUGGCUGGAUGAAAGCAUUGCAAGUUACGGGGGAAAACUGGAGCACGUUGCGCAGGUGUAUCCCGAAUUCCAAAAGGAGUCCGUCACAGAGAUUCACACGUGUCCGCUGUACACCUGCGUUCGACUGAAAUCCGGUGUUUUCUAUUGGUGGGGAGUCUGGCCUUAUGAGCAGAGGAAAAAGCAAUGGGAUGAGUCCAGAGCUCGACUACGGAAGCAGCACGUUGAUGCUGGUUCAGAGUCACUCGUUCAAGGAUCCAUAGUGACGCUGAAAAGUUGUCCCGUGUACCAGCCUCAAGCUGUUGGAUUCAAUUUGGCUAAUGGUGAACCGAAAGUUGGCCGUCUUCUGACCGCAGCAUGGUCCUUCACGGAAGCGAAAACGUUUGCUCUGAUGGAUCCAACGCUUCCAAAGAAGAGCAGUUCAUCAGAGUCAACUAGUCGGGGCUCGGUGGCGAUUGGAAAGAGGAAGCUUGAUGAAACUUCCAGCAAUUCUUCAGACUCUCAAGAAGUUCAGUGGAAUGUGAAGGAUGUGGUAUUUCUGGAAGACAUUCGCACCGUGACUACUGCGGAAGUUCUUCGAGUCGACGGUCCGUAUGCCAUCUGCCGUUUCCAUGGGAAGGAAGAAACUAUCACUUUGGGAUCCCGCACUAAAACGAAGGAGAAAUCUAAAGCCAAAGACAAAGAACCCGAGAAGGAAGAAAAGGAAGGGAUUGAACAAGAUAAGGAUGCAGUCAUGAGAUUGCAGCAUUGGAAUGAAUCUCGUGUUCUUCGUGCGGAUGAUUUGAUAGUUAUCAAGCCGGGAGGAUUGAAACAAGCAGAAUAUUUUCAAAAGCACCCGAAGAAGAUUUCUGUUAGUGAUCCGAGCAAGUUGCUCUCUUGCAGGGUGGAUAAAAACGGUUUGCAUGCGAUUGUCAAAGCGAACAGCAAUCAGUUGGGUUAUGCUAUAUUCAACUUGGCCAGUGGUAAAGUGAUCCGUCAAAGCGUUUUUCCCGUGGAAGUUUCGUCGUUUCUGUUGGCUGGAGGAACUCUGGAAUUGAAAGCGUGCGGUGACAUUACUGCGGAUGAGAAUGACAGCGUUUCGGUACUCCUGGAUGGUAACCGUACGAUCUAUCCUCUUGCGCGGGACUGCCUUCAAGGAAUAAAGGAUCCCUGGUGGCUGGAUUUGCGGCCCUUGUCUUGUAUUGGGAUGGGGAUUUGCCCUCUCGCUGCUUCGUCUGCGACGCCGAACGUGAAGAAAAGUGCACUUGCUGUUGUGGCUAUGUCAUUCCAGCCCCAACAAUUGAUGCCGUUGAUCUUGCGAUCAGAUAUUGGUGCGGUAAAGGAGUUCGUUGAAAGUUUGGAGGACAUGGAACCGGGGCACAUGCUACUUGACGGAGUGAUGAAGUCAGUUGUUGAAGAGAAGUGUGACGGGGAUCGGAACAUUUUCCAUGCGUGUGUACUGAUCAACAAGCCGGCCGUAAACCAGGACUCCGACUUUGUCCAAGGUUCGUCGUCAGCUUCGGCCUCUGGUUCCACUGUUCGAUGUAAGUGCGGUGGCCCCACGCGAAGCCUGGGGCGUCGGCAGUGUGGAGGUGGAACUGCCGGAGUGGGGGAGGCGCACAGCGACAUCUGGCGUCUGGACGAAGAUGUCGUUUCGCUUUUGAGCUGGCCUGCAACGUCAAACGCUUCAGAUCCUUCGUCGGUUGUUGAGGAAUUGUUGGAAGCUUAUCGUGGGUCUCGAGGCAUCGAACGACGCCGACGACAUGAUCACCGUCGUAUCCGAUCGAGGCCCUUCCCCCAGCAAAUCAGUUCCGAUGAUGUUGAUGUUGAGCCGAGGGAUCGAAAGGAGAAAGAGGCAGAGAAAGAUACCCCGGAAACAGUGGUUGACCCGAAAGCUAUCCCGACGCUGGCGAUAUUUUCUAUCAUUGCAGAUUCCUUGGCUUUCAAACCUUAUUUGUACCAAUUAUUGUCAGCGAGGAAUGCUGAAGGAUUUACUCCGUUCAUGAUGGCGGUUUCUGUGAAAGCGUACCCAUUGGCCCUUCUGAUGUGGGAAGCCAUGGCUGCUGCUCUGGAAGUGGAUACGGCAGAAGUUACAUUCGAGGCACUACGUCCUAUGAUGUUUCCGCAAAGGUGUCAGGGGGAUGAUUCUCCCCUGAUGAUCAUUUGUGCGAAUGACACGUGCAGUUUCACUUGGACGGGCGCUGAACAUAUCAACCAGGAUAUUUAUGAGUGUCGAACUUGUGGAUUGGUCGGAUCACUUUGUUGCUGCACAGAAUGUGCCCGGGUGUGUCACAAGAAUCACGACUGCAAGCUGAAGCAGACGUCUCCGACUGCUUAUUGCGAUUGCUGGGAAAAAUGUCGUUGCCAAGCACUUGUCGCUGGAAAUCAGAAGGCUCGCCAUGAGCUAUUCUUGAAAUUGAUGCGUUUUCAGGAAUUGAUCGUCAUGCCCAAUUCAAAGGGCGAAAACAUUUUAUUAUUCCUCGUGCAAACCGUCGGACGACAGUUGCAAGAACACAGACAAUUCCGUCCGACGAACACGCGUUCAAAUGUCGUUUUGGCGCGUAAGUCUCGCACUGUAGAUCCUGAUCAACCAGCUGACAUGCCUGAUCACGACCUAGACCCUCCAAAAUUCUGUCGUCGGGCUUUGGAAAGGUUAUUGAUGGAUUAUCAAGCCGUCAGAGCGCUUAUCAAUAUGGGGGUUCAAAAUGGUUCGUACGUACCAGCGAACACGCAAGCACCCGGACGAUUCGCGAUUUUCAACAGAGAAGAGGAAGAGAUGUACUUGAAUGGGCAGGACGGGUCGUCGCAGCUUGACCGGUUUACGCAUUGCAUGAUCACGAAAUGCUUCAAUGAGUGCGAAGAUUACUACUAUACUGGAGGUGGUGACCUGGUGAUGCUGAAUAAUUUGUUGGAUACCUUGAUAGCAGAAAUGUCGAACGAUGAAGAUCCUGAGCGUGCCAAAGAAGCGAAAGUUCUGGCUCAUCGAUUUGUUCGCUCAGUUGUGCGAGUGUUUGCGGUAGUUUCCGUUGGCAUCGCCCCUUCAGCGAAUAGAAAAAAAUCAAGUCAAGGCUCCUCGGCAGUAUUUCCCAUCAAUCGAUGCAAGAAGGUUUUCAUGUCGUUGCUGACCGUAUCUUUGCGAGAACUUAGCGAAAUCGCUGACGCUUUGAUUGCUCCCGUUCGACUGGGCGUUGUGAAGCCUACAGCCCCGUUCAUGUUGUUCUCAUCUGCCAGCGAAGCUGCUCAGGGAAGCGAAGACGUUUUCGGCGGAGAUUCUCUUUACCCAUCCAACAGCGAUGAUCAGGAAUCUGGGCUGGAGUCUCACGGUGGUCGCCGACGUUUAGGAAGUUUCUUCGAAGGCCUAUUGAGUGGGCGACGUGGAGGAGACUUCCGUCACAUUAGCGAAAAUGACGUUUCAAUGCCAAGCGCUUCGGGACACGAUUCCAGUUCUGCUAUUCAGGCUUUGGAACAAGUUUUUGCGGAAGGCGACCCAGAUUUUGCCCAAGUUUUGCAACGAGCAGGAAGGAGGGAUAAUGAUAAUGACGACGCUGACAAGGAAAUCUCUGAUAAUGCGGGAUCCUUCGCUCGUCUUGUGGAAGAUGUGGAUGAAGACGAUGAAGAGGAUGACGACAAUGAGGAAGAAGGCGAUGGUGAAGAGGACGAUUUUCAGAGCAGCAAUGGAGCCGGCGGAGGAAGCAGUGGUGUCCCGAGACAACUUCUGUUACUUGGUGCGGACGUCUUCGAAUCUUCCAUGGCGUCGGAAAAUCGAUCCAACGACCCCUUGAACAGUAUCGAAAAUCCUGACGGCAACGCGAAUCGAGCUGCACCAAGUAGCGAAUUGGCUGAAGCACUGAGUGAUUUAGAUAAUAACUUCGACUAUCCUGACAUCGCAGCCGGGGAGAACCUGUCGCCACGAUCUCGACGUCGUCGGAGCCGACGACGAGCCCGGGAGAACCCUAAUCGAAACGCCGCUGCUUCGAACCCUGGGGGUGCGGGUGCAGGCGGCACUGGGGGCGACGAAUCGUCGCAUGUGGACGAGAACCGGGCGCCUGAUCAGGAUCCAGGCGCCUCUGAUGCUCUUCGACCCGGUGACUCGAUAUCUUUGCUGUUUUCCGAGGAAGACGACGAUGAGGACACUGGCGAAUCGAGCGUCGUUGACGAGACUGAAGAAGAGGAAGAAGAUGAUGACGAGGAUGAUGAUGCCGCAACGCGUCAAGAUGGUGACCGGGCCGGGUCUCCAAUGGAUACAAGUGCUCCGAGGGGGUCUCAUGUGUCAUCUGCUGCUGGUAGUCAAAGCGCUGGGAUUGCCGCCGGAAAUCUUGUUUUGGAUCAUUCUCUUACAGGACGGUCUCGGAAUCCGCUGAUUGCAACUGCGGGACCGCAUCUUGACUGGGCCAUCGGUCGUGGACGCGAAAGGUCCGGGGCUGGAAGUAGUUUGAUUUAUAUCGACUCUGGUUCCUUGCGACGUGGAACAAAUGCAGCCACAGGGGCACCGCAGACGGCGAAUGCUCCGUCGAGCGCAGCUCAUGAACUCGCGAUCGCCCAUCCGGAUCCAUGGACAAUGGGGACUACCGCGAACGGAUUGGCGAGAGCGUUUGGAAUAAUCGUGCGUCAAAUCGCGCAGCUUCUGGUGAAAUUGAAUGAGAGCACGGUUCCUGGUGGAUUAACGGGGCUGCGAAUCACUCCGACGGAAGCUUAUGAAGCCCAGAUUUACGUGGAAAAAAUAUUGAAGUCUACUUGGGACUGGCUCUUGACGGUUAUGGAUGCUACCGAGGGUCAACUGAGGUUCGGUGCUGCCCUGGCCCAAGCAUCGGGCAAAUCUACUACCCCUGCGUUUGAUCCGCAUUCGCGACAUUCAACUUCGUCUUCUUCCGGCCGGACGGACCGCGACGCUGCUCGUGUCGGUAGUUCCGCUGCAUCUGUCGGCUCUCGUCGAGUCUUCUUUGCGCGUGCAUUGCGACGGGUGUACCGAUUUGGCGGAUCUUCUGAACAAGUGUCCUCGCGACGCGAUUUUGUCAAUUACAUGCUGUCGUUGACGAGAGCGCAUAGUGACGAGCACCUGGACGCUUUGCCGAAUAUCGACGUAGCCUCGCUGAAGCACGUGGCGUACGUGUUUGACGCGCUGCUUUACUUCAUGAGGAGCAGCGUGGACGUGAUCAGAAAUGGCGCUGAAACGCCACCAAGAACAUUCCGCACUAACUUGAGUGAUGAAACAAAGGAACCGAGCGAAAAAUCUCCUACCCCAGUGGAAAGCGUGAGGGAGUACGAUGCGUCAUCACACAUAUUUUUCCGAAGAUCGGCAUCGACGCUUUAUCUUGGUGGACACGCCCCGGAUAUGUUGAGUACGCCUUUGGCAAAAGCUCUUCCGCUGGCUGAUCAGCCUCAUCUGCUUCAGCCAACUGCUCGCCGUGAAGAGCUAUUCUGCAUCCUUCCACAUCCUCCAGCAGAAAGUGGGGAAUCGUAUCCUGCGCCACACCGUUUGGGACUUUUCCCUAGAAGAAGUCGACCGGAAGACUCAGACGAUGAUUCGAAAAACAAAGCUGGUAGCAACUCCGCUUCUUUUCCUGAAACUUUUAGAUGGGGAUUUGCCACUCAAGCAGCGAUGGAUUUCGACGAAUCUCAAAGCCCUGGUUCGCCUGACAAUCGAGUUUUGCUGGGUCGCUGGCGUCUAACUUUGGAAUUGUUCGGACGUGUUUUCGUGGAUGACGUGGGUCUCGAGCCUGGGUCUCUUAUGUCAGAAUUGGGUGGAUUCCAAGUACGAGAAGCUCGCUUUAGGAAGGAUAUGGAGAAGUUACGCAGUGGCGCUGCUAGGGAUUUAACUUUGAAGGUUGAUCGUGCCAGAAGUUCUUUGAUUGUUCAGUCCUUCCGCGAACUCAAUACGCAGUUCAGUAUCAACAUGAAGAAAGUCAACGGGAGCCAAACUCAAUGUCCACUGACUAUUUCCAGAGUCAAAGUCACAUUCCGGGAUGAGCCCGGCGAGGGCUCGGGAGUAGCGAGAUCCUUUUAUUCUGCAUUGGCUGAGGCAUUAUUGUCUCCUGAACCGCUGCCCAAUUUGGACAGCUGUCAGGUGGACCCGAGGAACUACGGUGGAUUCCCGUAUUCCUUGCCCAAGAUCUCUGGACGUUACGGAAGAGAUUCUCGUGGUCCAUUGCGUUCGCGUCGAGAUGCGAGGCGUCAUCUGAACGCGGAUGCUCGUCCGUUUUUGCAUGAUGGUCGUCCGAACGAAUUUUUGACGAGGCAUUUGCAGUCUUUCGGGGAGCGAUUGUAUCCGAAGAUAAUGGCAUUAAGACCUGCGUUAGCGUCAAAAAUCACGGGCAUGAUCCUCGAGUUGCCACCCGCCGAGUUGCUGAACAUGCUUUCAUCGGAGGAGUCGUUGAGAAGCCGGGUGGAUGAAGCAGCGGAGUUGAUCGUGCCUGGAGCUCGAGACCAGUCUGACGGUUCGAAUGAUGCCAUCGAUUUGGACCUGUUCAACCUUUAUGCACGCAAUAAUGCUCGCGACGAGUCGGGCAACUUCGAAGGAGACGUGCCACCGACAGAUGGGGCUGCGGAGACCCCGGAUUCUGCGACAUUGUUUUUCUGUCCCGGAAAGAAAGGCUUUUAUUCACCGCGAUAUGGGCGUCCAUCACGAGAGAGAUUCAAUGCCUACCGGAACGUUGGAAGGUUGAUUGGCCUGUGUUUGCUGCAAAACGAGCUUUGCCCGCUGUCUUUCAAUCGUCAUGUGUUGAAGUACAUGCUUGGUAGACCCAUCAGAUUCCAUGACAUGGCAUUCUAUGAUCCGGAUGUGUAUGAGUCGCUUAGAAAUUUGAUGUACGAAAUGCGCAACAGCGAGAAUCCCUCUGAAAAUGUCCAUGAUCUCGUAUUUUCGAUCGACGUACGAGAGGAAGAAGGCGGCAAGCAGCAUGAACUCGUGCCUGGUGGAGAAACAAUCGAAGUGACCCCUAAAAAUCUUUGUGAAUAUGUUCGCCUGUAUGCCACGCAUCGCAUGGUGACUGCGCAGGACAAAUCACUCGAGGCCAUGCGUAGAGGAAUCCUAGAUGUGCUUCCUGCGUCUUCAUUGGAAGGUUUGACGAGCGAAGAUUUACGUUUAUUGUUGAACGGUGUCGGGGAAGUACACGUUCCAUCGCUUGUGUCAUUCACGUCUUUCCAUGACGAAAGCGGCGAAGGCGGUGAGAAGCUCGCCAAGUUUCGUCGCUGGUUUUGGGCCGUCGUCGAGAAAAUGACGAAUCUUGAACGUCAAGAUCUGGUGUACUUCUGGACUGGAAGUCCAGCAUUGCCGUCGAGCGAAGAAGGCUUUCAGCCGAUGCCUAGUAUCACGAUACGUCCCGCCGACGAUAAUCAUCUACCGACUGCCAACACGUAUCCGUUCUUCAGGUUAUGCGUGGAAGAGGAUGGAGUGAGAGUUUUCGUGAUGAGCUCGUUUGUUGUGAAGGAAGUCCGUCGUCCGGACGACCGUCCGAGGAGCACUUCGGAAAAUGGAGGGCCGAGUAGUGCUGAAGUCGAGGCUCAAGCCGCAGCGCGUUACCUUGAUAGAUAUUUUGACACCUUGGAUAACUUUUCGUUGGACAUCAUGCGAUCUUUAUCGCGGGCAAGGAACCAGAGCAUACUACAAUUCGGUGUUCUGCGUAAGUUGAAGAGAACCAUGAAGAGUACGGUGACGGAUCCGAAGGUUCAGUUUGAUUCCGUGGUACGACUGUUGGUAGAAAUGCAGGGUGCCGCAGAUGUAAAGCUGCGAGAAAUGCAGGAUCACGUUCUGGAACCCUUGGACAGGAGGAAGCGGGAAUUGGACGAAUACCGAAAAGCUUGGAAUUUGAAGAAUGGAGCAAGUCCUUGUCUGAUAAUCGAGCGCCAAGUGACGAAACGCGUUCGUCGGUCGAUGCGGGUCGAAGCAACCGCCAACAACUCCGAUGCGGGAGAGACGCCCGAAAACGGCGCCAGUACGUCCGUGUCCGCCGCGCCUCCCGGUGCCCCGGUAUCUCUCACCGCAACAACGGCUCCAGCUCCGACUUCCGCCUUGAAGCAAACUCGUCGCAGUCUGACAAACUCAAUCCGAGGCGGACUCCACACUCCGUUGCGGCGUAAGUCUUCGUUGCGACGCCAGCUGCGUGCCGAAGCUGAGGAAGCUGCGGCAUUGGCAGCCGGUAUUUCCGUCGGAAAUGGAACCGGAAGAGGAUCUGAGUCUUCUCGACGAAGCGAGUCUCGCGAGGAGAAUAUUGCGAGGAUGCUCCCUAGACGAGGUUGA